AUGACAUGCCGCAACUGGGAGUGCGGUGUUUUGGUCCCUGCUUCUACCGGAAACGAUCAUGGCCAUUCUGUGUCGACUACGAUGGGAGAAGACGAGAAAAUGUUUGACAUCUUCCGCAAUGUUCUGCCGGUACCCAUUGUGGCACCAGGCAUGAAGUACAAUGUCAAUUCACUGACGGGCACGAUAAAGCGACCGUGGUUUUUUAUGGAGAGGUGA